CCCAAAUAUACGUUGCACAUCCAGCAGGCAUGGCGUCCUUCAACCACAAGCGCCUGUAACAGACAUUUAUUAAAUUCCUCGACUGUAUUUAUUUGAUAUAUAUAGUUUUUUUUACUUUAGCUGCAGUAAUUGUUCGUCACCAUGGCGACGAGGACCGUGCGUCAACUUUUGCAGCGUCGUUUUGCGUCGGCCUCGGCCGCCCUGCGUCCGUCUCCCGCCGAGAUCCUCGGCCAGCGCAACGCCGUCUUCUCCAGAGAGCAGGCCCGGCAGCGCGCCCUGUACCCCCGCAUCGAGAAGAUCGAGGUGUCCAUGCAGGGCCCCGGACUGGACGGCACGCUGCUCAUCAUGAACAAGGGCAUGUCCACCCCGCUGAGCUGCGCCAGACAUCUCACCGAGCAUCACGUGACGAGCUCGGCCCUGGCCCUGGUGGACGGCGAGCCGUGGCCCCUCCACCAGCCCCUCACCCGCUCGUGCUCGCUCAGUCUGCUCACGUUCAAGGAAAAGGACCCGACGCUGGUGAACCAGGCCUACUGGCGAUCCUGUGCUGCCCUCCUGGGUCAGGUGCUGGAGACGGCCUUCAAGGAUGAUUACACCGUGGAGCUGCUCAGCACACCAGAGGUGCCAGUGACUUCAGGGGCCUUCUGCUGUGACGUGGUGCUCGACUCUCAGCUCGACUCGUGGACUCCCUCUGAGGAGUCGUUGCGUUCUCUGACCAAAGGGGCCCAGCAGCUAAUCCACAAGAACCUGGCCUGGGAGCCUUUAGAAGUGGCCCCAUCCGUGGCGCUGGAGGCCUUCGCUCACAGCAGGUGUAAACAGGAAGAGGUGGAGCAGAAAGCCUCACAAAACCCCAAAGGCAGAGUGAUGCUCUACAGGUGUGGAGACCACGUUCUGCUGAGUGGGGGCCCCCUGGUGGCCAGGACAGGCCUGUGCUUCCAGUACGAGGUGACGGCCCUCCACAGCCUGGGAGAGGGACCCUGGGGCCUCCGUCGUAGAGCCCAGGGCCUCUCGCUGCCUCUGCAGCUGCAGGCUCACCACACAGUCUGGAGGAAGCUGAGGCAACGAGCAGAGAAACUGGUGGACGUACCCGAACCUAAAGAAGAAGUGACCCCGUCUUCUCCUCCUGACUCCGACCGGCCCCCACCCUCUGUGUAACCUCCCACACACCGUUAUUAUAUCACAUCCGAUUGUAUCAUUAGUUUAACGUACAAAAAAAAAAUAAAUGUCUCUGUGUCUCAUCCACUGUUCUUCUUAAAUUGCGUAGACAACCGAAGCAGCGUGUGCGUGUACAUUGGCCGAAGGUGCAGCUGUUGUGUCUGUCGCUCGUCAAACAGGUGGCCCUCAGUCAUGUGAGUGUGUGUGAGAAAGCGAUUCGAUUUGUUUUUCCCUGGAUUCCAUUCACUUUGACACGUUAGACACGGCGCUGACGCUAACAAACACGGACGAUUACCGCUUAACAAUCCUCUGACAUCUGAGCGCCUUGUGUGUGCAACAAACAUAAUUGUGGAUCGCCAUUAACAUGUUUUUGCUGUAAACUCCAUCGCGGCCCCUGCGCAGCUGUUCCUCCCACUCCUGCUCCCCCACCCCCAACACACAGAGAGAGUUGAGAUGUUUGAACUGCUGCCUGAAUUUUUCACUGCUGUACUUUGGCAACAACAAACCUGAAUGUUAUGUCUGAAGAUUUGUUUUGCCCACGACAGUAUAGUGUUGUAUAUGUAUAUUAAAAAGUAUAAAGUUG